GUCUUGCCAAGAGUGUACCUGCAGAAGAAGGCUGCAGUAAGGUUAGCUAGCAAGCUAGCAAGGGAUAAUUAACACGUUUAGGUUGUUUUGAGUUUCAAAAUGCUUCUUCAGUCUAUGAGACCAUGGUUGCUUCGCAUCAGGACUUACCCUCUGGCUUGCACAAGAACUUACCACGCUGACAAAGUAGCUCGACUCGGCUCCCAGCCUGAUAAGCAGUCCUCUGACUAUCAGGAAAAUUAUGAUCGUAUGAAAGAUCUUGUUGAUGAAUUGAAAAAGCGGACAGAGAAAAUUAAAUUGGGUGGGGGAGAAAAAGCAAGAAGACUUCAUACUUCUCGUGGGAAACUCCUGCCCAGAGAGCGUAUAGACAGACUACUGGAUCCAGGGACUCCUUUUUUGGAAUUUUCCCAGUUUGCAGCAUACGAGUUGUAUGGAAAAGAGGAGGUCCCAGCAGGUGGUAUAAUUACUGGGAUUGGGCGCGUUUCAGGGGUAGAAUGUGUUGUUGUUGCAAAUGAUGCUACUGUUAAAGGAGGAACAUACUACCCAGUUACAGUGAAGAAACACCUUCGUGCACAAGAAAUAGCCCAGCAAAACCACUUGCCAUGCAUUUACUUGGUGGAUUCUGGAGGAGCCAAUCUGCCCAGACAGGCUGAUGUUUUUCCCGACAGAGAUCACUUUGGCCGGAUUUUCUUCAACCAAGCCAGGUUGUCUUCAGAGGGACUAUCACAGAUUGCUGUUGUGAUGGGCUCAUGCACUGCUGGAGGAGCAUAUGUACCAGCCAUGGCAGAUGAGAGCAUCAUUGUGCGGAAGCAAGGGACCAUUUUUCUUGGAGGACCUCCACUGGUCAAAGCUGCUACAGGGGAAGAAGUGUCUGCAGAAGACCUUGGUGGUGCUGAUCUUCACUGCAAAAAAUCUGGUGUGACAGACCACUAUGCUUUGGAUGAUAACCAUGCGCUUCACUUAGCCAGAAAGGCAGUGCGGAGCCUCAACUACAGGAAGAAUAUUGAGGUUACUGUAGAGCCCACUGAAGCCCCUCUCUACCCAGCAGACGAGCUAUAUGGGAUAGUUGGAGAUAACUUAAAACGCAACUUUGAUGUCAGAGAGGUUAUUGCCAGAAUUGUGGAUGGCAGUAAAUUUGAUGAGUUCAAGGCGUUCUAUGGAGACACGCUUGUUACAGGUUUUUCAAGAAUAUUUGGCUACCCAGUUGGAAUAAUUGGCAACAACGGAGUCUUGUUUUCAGAGUCUGCAAAGAAGGGGACACAUUUCAUUGAAUUAUGCUGCCAACGAAACAUUCCUCUUAUUUUCCUCCAAAACAUCACAGGCUUCAUGGUGGGAAGAGAGUAUGAAGCAGGGGGAAUUGCGAAGGAUGGAGCCAAGAUGGUCACUGCCGUUGCCUGUGCCAGUGUACCUAAGAUUACUGUUAUCAUUGGAGGCUCCUAUGGUGCAGGCAACUACGGCAUGUGCGGAAGAGCAUACAGCCCCCGAUUCCUCUACAUGUGGCCGAAUUCCCGAAUCUCUGUAAUGGGCGGUGAGCAGGCGGCGACAGUCCUGGCCACCAUCACUAAAGAUCAGAGAGCACGCGAGGGAAAGGAGUUCACAGCAGAACAAGAGGCUGCCAUGAAGGAGCCAAUUGUUCGGCGGUUUGAGGAGGAAGGCAGUCCAUAUUACUCUAGUGCCAGACUGUGGGACGACGGCAUUAUCGAUCCUGCUGAUACUCGUCUGGUUUUGGGACUGAGCCUCAGUGCCGCUCUCAAUGCUCCAGCACAGAAGACUCGUUUUGGAGUGUUUAGGAUGUAACGCUCAUGUAGCUUGUAGAGGUACAGACCUCAGAGUUGUGCUGUAUUAUAGUAGUCUGUGUAGUUGUAAAUGUUUCACCAGAUUAAGAGAAAGAACCUAGGAAAAAAUUUAUUAAAAAAAAAAAACACUAGCAGAAUCACACCACCUUGGAAA